AUGGACUGGCGCAAAUUAUUUGGGUGUAAAGCAAAUCAGGAACUUUCUUAUUUCCCUCCAAAAUUAAACGAUAAGGUUUCAAUUAUUCAACCUCCUCCAGAGGUCUUCGAGACAGGUACGACAGAAUGGAAGUCAGCACUAGUUGGACAGUUUCUUGGGUCAGCCCCCAAUUUUCUCUCUCUACAACGAGUUAUUGAUAAUCUCUGGAAUCAGGCUUCGAAGGGGUUUUCUGUUCAGCCUAAUCUACAAAAGCUUAACUUUGAUUUAUCUCGUCUUCCUCUUUGGAUUCAUCUGUUCAAUGUUCCACUGGAAUUAUUUAAUAGGGAAGGUCUUAGUUACAUUGCUAGUGCUCUAGGAGUCCCCAUUUCCAUGGACUCUGUUACUGCUUCAAAAACUAGAUUAGAAUUUUCUAAGGUUUGCAUUGAAGUAGGUGCUAAAGAGGAAAUUCCAAAAACUGUUGAAGUGGUUAUGGCUAAUGGUCAGACCACUAUCAUCUUUGUUAAAGUUCCAUGGAAGAAAUCUGUCAUGAUUGCUAACCAAGGGACUAACUCCUUUGAAGGAAUUGAACCCUUACAGGAACCAGAGUCAGAUCCUUCUCUUCCUAAGGAAAAAUCUGAACAUACUCGGAAUUUUAAUCCUUCUCCAAAGGUUUCAGAUUAUGAGUUACCAAACAAUAUUCUUUCUCCGGUACAAAUUGCUUCAUCUUCCAAGAGUGACCCAAAUAACUUUUCUGGUGAAGAAUCUUCUAUCAUUCCUCAACUCUCUCCUAAUUUAGUGGAAUCUGUUAAAGGGGUAACUACAACUCUUGAAAUCCCUUCAAAUGCUAAGGAUAAUGAAUCUGUUCCUAUCCUAAAAAGAGGUAGAGGUAUGCCUCUAAAAGCUAAAUCUAAUACUAUUUUAAAAGGAUCAACAAAUAGAUUUGAAAUCCUUAGCACCAUUGAUAAGAACCCUCCUUCUAUUGAGAUUCAAGUUAGGAAACCAAGACCUGCUGCCUCAGGGGUUGCUAAUUUGAUUAAAGAGCUUAAAUUUAAAAAGAAAGAGCACACUGUUAAAGUUCAAAGUUCUGGUGUGAUUACCAACUAUGACUCAGCUUCUAAUGGCAGGAUCUGGUUUCUCUGGAAGACAGGAAUAAAUAUUUCCUUCUGUCAUUCUACUUCUCAAAGCAUCACUGUCAAAUGCAAUUUCAAUAAUGAGCAGUUUAUCAUCACAACUGUUUAUGGGAACAAUUAUGGCCUUUCUAGGAGAUUUAUUUGGCAUCACCUAAGAGAUCUUAAUAUCUCUUUUGGCUCUUUUCCUUGGGUUCUAGGGGGAGAUUUCAACAUUUAUCUUAACCCUAAGGAAAGCUUUGAUUUUGAACUUUUAGGGCCUUAUUACUUCUCUGAUAUGAAAGAUUUCCAUGAUGUUUUAUAUGAUCUUCAACUUUGUGACCAUCCUUAUUUGGGUCCUUCUUUUACUUGGAGUAAUAAGAAAAAAGAAAAUUAUCUUGCUAGAAAACUAGAAAGAGUGCUUAUUAAUCCUCUUUGGUCCUCUUCCUUCCAAAAAUCUUUUGUUGAAUUCCUUGCUCCUGGACCUUCUAAUCACUGUAUGGCUCUUGUCUGGUUAAGUAAAGAUAUCCAAACUAAUCAUCCCAAACCUUUUAAAUUUUUUAAUUUCUGGGCCAACCAUCAAAAUUUCCUUACUGGAGUUCAAAAAUCCUGGCAGCAGGCUACCCAUGGAAACCCUAUGCAUAUACUAUUUCACAAAUUAAAACGCCUGAAACCUUGUUUACAGUAUUUAAACAAGGACUUCUACAUUGAUAUCUCUGCUAGAGUUAAACUCAAAAAAGCCGAGCUUGAAAAUAUCCAAAUCUCAACUCUUAGUGGCAUUAGUCCUAUUGAAAAAGAAUUGAAUGUUCAAAAGGAGAUGUUUUCUAUUGAAGAAGCUGAAAAUCUAUUUCUCAAACAGAAAGUUAUAGUCAAAUGGAUCAAAGAGGGAGAUAGAUGCACCAAUUUGUUCCAUUCUGUCAUUGCUAACAAACAUAAAAGAGACACUAUCAGAGUUAUCAUUAAUGUACAAGGACAAAGAUUGGAAUCUUUUGAUGAUAUGGCUAUUGAAAUCUUAGAUUACUUUAAAGCUCAGCUUGGAACUGUUGAUCCUGGUGUUCAAAAACCUGAUCUCUUCUUCUUGAAAAAUAUGCUUAAUGUCAAUCUGUCCUCUGAUGUUAUUUCUGACUUAACCAAAAUCAUUACUUCUGAAGAGAUAAAAGAAGCAAUUUUCAACCAAGGGAAUGAAAAAUCUACUAGCCCUGAUGGGUUCACUCCUAUUUUCUUCAAGAAAACUUGGAAUGUUGUUGGGGAUGAUGUUAUAAAUGCUAUCAAAUUUUUCUUCAAGGAUUCUUACUUACUGCCUGCCUUCAACUAA